UCUUGUUUGCUUGGAUAUUAUUUAUAUUUUAUGCACAGCAAACACAACCCCAAUUUCGGCAGAUUUCAAGUUCACCAACAUUUACAUGGCUAUAUGUAAGUGCUCUCGCCCAACCUUAGCCCAAAUACAUUGAUAAGCUCAACCCCCAACUGGGAGCUAUAAAAGCCAUGGGAGGUUAUCACUUGCAACUCAUUCGCUGCGGAGCAAAAGUGCCACCAACACUCGGAAUGUUGGCCAUAAAGUUAUUCUGUCUAUAUCUGAGUGCGACCGCCGCUGCCGGCUGGAUAGAACCCACAGAAACAUCAGCAGAUCCCGUUCGGAUCAAGGAAAGUGCACCCGAUCCCGUCAGGAUUAAUGGCGGCCAACUGGUGAACGAGACAGUGCCCUUCCAGAUCUCCCUGCAGGUGCAGCGACGAGGACGCUGGAGUCACUUCUGCGGGGGCUCCAUAGUCAGUGCCCAGCAUGUGCUCACGGCCGCCCACUGCGUGGAGAAGAUGAAGGUGGAGAACAUCAGUGUGGUGGUUGGCACCCUCAACUGGAAGUCCGGGGGCCUGCGACACCGGGUGGUGGCCAAGCAUGUGCAUCCCCAGUACGCGAUGAGUCCCCGGAUCAUCAACGACAUUGCCCUGGUCAAGGUGACGCCUCCAUUCCGCUUGAAUCGCGCUGACAUCGGGACCAUCCAUCUGGGUGGAACGGAUCGCAUUGGCGAGAGGGUGUCGGUGCGUCUCACGGGAUGGGGUUCAACUACUUCUGCCACCUCUGCGGCCAGCCUGCCGGAUCGCCUUCAGGCGCUCCACUACAGCACCAUUUCGAAUGACGAGUGCAACCAGAAGGGUUUCCGUGUGACCCGCAAUGAGAUCUGUGCCCUGGCUGCCCCGGGACAAGGGGCAUGUGUGGGCGACUCUGGUGGACCGCUUAUCAUGGCUGGCUCUCGUCCCCAACUGGUGGGCAUUGUCUCGUAUGGCUCCUCCACCUGUGCCCAGGGCAGGCCCGAUGUCUACACACGUGUCUCCAGCUUUCUGCCCUACAUCAGCAAGGUGAUCAACCAGGAUCUGGCCUAAUAAAUACAUUCGGACAACGUAUAAAUAAAGCAAUCUCA